AGUUCUAGUUGGCAGCAAGAGCCAAGGUCUAUCACCGAUCUCCCUGAAGCACAACAAAGUCUCGUUCCCGAAUACCGCAACCACUGGCAUCAAAUACGCACUCGUUUUAGCCGCAAAAAUCGCCUUUUGGACUGGUACAAUUUCCGCCUGUCCUCUCUCCAACCUCAAGAACUUAUCACUCAUUUGAAUAACAUUUUUACUGACCAGUCCACGGUGUUUAAGCUGAAUGUGUCUUUUGGUUUCAUUCUACGCAACAAUGAGACUGGAGCACUUCAAUAUUAUUAUGCCUCCAGAAAUAAUGAGCAAGUCUUUGAAGCGCCCUUUCAAAUUACCACCGCAGCUGACCUUCAGCAAGUUCGUGAAGCAUUGCUAAACCUUGACGUCUUGGAAUGGAUACGCCAGCGACGCCCCAACUCUAAAUGGGUCGUAGAACAGGUGACCAAUAUCACUUUCUUCGUCACCAAGCUACGGGGUCAUCCUAUAGGGAGAGGUACUUACUUACCUUCCUAUCUGGCCGAGAACCAUGGUUUGGUCGCCUUGGAUCGCAACCACCAGACUGGUAAAAUCUACAGCGACAAUUUGUGCUUCUUUCGCGCUUUGGCACUCCACAACGGUUGUCACCCAAAGAAUCUAGAGCGGGAUGCACGACAUUACUAUGAGCGAUAUAGAGAGUUUUUUCCUGAGAAAAAGAAAUUUUGUGGUGUAAAGCUGAAAGAACUGAUCGACCUAGAACACCUCUACGAAGUCAACAUUUUUGUCUAUUCCCUCGAACCCACUAAACCCGAUGGAGAGGAGGGAGAAGAAGACAUCGAAAAAGAGGAAGAGGAUUUCGCUCCUGAGAUCGCUGCGCAGUUGAUUCACCGCUCCCUUUGCCACUACCCAACUACGCUGUACCUCAACCUGUACCAGAAUCACUUUUCCUAUAUUAAAGAUUUAAAGAAGUAUGCCAAGUCCUACAGCUGCUCGCGAUGUGGAACAUUGUGGAAACAUGUUGGUAUGUUAAAUCGUCACGAGCGAACCUGUGAAGCGAAAGUUAAUUACCAGUUUCCAGGAGGUGCUUACAAGACCCCACCAACCAUCUUUCAGUUGCUUGAAGACGAAGGAUUGACUGUUCCCGAGCAUCUCAAGUUCUUCCCCUACAGAGCUACCUUUGACUUUGAGUGUAUGUUUACACCUGAAACAGACCUUAACGAUACAGAGAAACUGACUUGGGACGCUAAACAUAUACCCCUCAGCGUGAGUGUCUGUUCCAACGUUCCAGAUUACGACCAACCAAAGUGCUUUGUCUCAGAUGGGGACUCUAAACUGCUCGUCAAAGAGAUGUUAGAACACCUCGUAAAAAUCAGUGAACAAAGUUAUGACCUGUUAAGAAAAGAGUUUAACUUUCUUUUUGAAGCCAUCGACCAAAAGCUGCAAGACCUAAAGCAAAAAUCAGAAGCUGGUGACCCUUCAAAAACUAACACAGUAGAAAACCUCACCCAGGAAGAUAGCGAUGAUGAAGGAGAAGAUCUCAUGGACACAGAUAAUGAAGAGGAAGAAGAAAUCGAGUCUGAAACCGAAGAAGAUCGUGUCUUUAUUGACGAUGACGUAGAAGAACAAGGUGCCUCGUUUUAUAGGGCCUUAGAUCGCGAAAACGAGGAUCAGAGUGAGAAUGAUCCAGAGUGUGCUUAUGACAGACCAGAGGACAACAGCCCAGAACCUAAGAAGAAAAAAGUGCACCCUUUAAAGAAACUGAGAGAUCGUUUCCAAGAAUAUCUACAAGAACUUCCUGUCCUGGGCUUCAAUUCUGGUAAAUAUGACUUGAAUGCCGUCAAAGAAUUUCUGUUUCCUGUCCUGGUCCAGAAUGAGGGCGUUCAGUUUACUAUCAAGCGUAACCACAAUUUCAUGUGCCUAAAGACCCCACAUCUUCGCUUCCUCGACGUCACCAACUUUCUUGCUCCCGGUUUCAGCUACGACAAGUUUCUGAAGGCCUACGAGUGUCCUCAAACCAAGGGGUUCUUUCCUUAUGAAUGGCUUGAUUCUCUUGAGAAAUUAAAACACCCUUCCCUUCCACCUCACGAAGCGUUCUUUUCUACGUUAAAAAACCAGAACAUUUCUGAUGAAGACUACCAGUACUGCCAACAAGUCUGGUCGAACAAUAAUAUGCAGACCUUUCGAGAAUUUCUCAUCUGGUACAACAACCUAGAUGUUCAACCUUUCUGUGAGGCCCUGGAAAAAAUGUGCGCCUUCUGGAAAGAUAAAAAGAUAGACAUGUUAAGACAAGGUAUUUCUAUUCCCGGUGUUACCUUGACGUACCUCUUUACCACCCUGGAAUCUGGCAUCUUCUUCUCUCUGUUUGACGAAAAAAACAAAGAUCUGUACUAUCUCUUUAAGAAAAAUAUGGUGGGUGGCCCCAGUAUAAUAUUUCAUCGAUAUCACGAGGCGGGAAAAACCAAAAUCAGAAAAAAAGAAAUGGAGGAUCAAGGAAAACAAGCAAAAACCUGUCAAAAGAUUGUUGGAUACGAUGCCAAUGCUUUAUAUCUAUGGGCCAUCAUGCAAGACAUGCCCACAGGAUCAUUUACAAGACGCCGAGAGGAAACUGGCUUCAAGAGAGAAAGUUCUUCCAGGAUGGCAACCGAGUGGUUAGAGUGGAAGGCACAUGAAGGAGGAAUUUUUAUACGCCACCAAAUGAACAAUACAGAAAAACGCAUUGGUGAAAGAAAAAUACCAGUGGAUGGUUUUCACGGUCCUUCGCAAACAGUCUUUCAGUUACAUGGCUGCUGGUGGCAUGGGCAUAUCUGUCAUCUUACUAAAGGAAAGGAAAUGAACGAAAAGAGAAAAAGACCAAUGGCGGAGUUACGAGAAGAAACCAAAGAAACCUCCAAGUACAUCAAGGAUCAGGGGUACAAUCUUGUGGAAAUCUACAAGUGCCAGUGGCGUCGAAUUAAGAAAACCAACUCACAAGUUCAGCAGUUUCUUAACUCCAAGUUUAAUCGCCCUCUUGAUCAUCACAAGACUCUGACACAAGACCAGAUCUUAAGCGCUAUUAGAAACGAGUCCCUCUUUGGAGUGGUCGAGUGUGACGUGCGAGUACCUGAUGCACUAAAACCCAAGUUUGCAGAAAUGUGCCCCAUUUUCAAAAACAUAGAAAUUUCAAGAGAAGAUAUUGGUCAGCACAUGCAAACCUUUGCUGAGGAAGAGAACAUCAUGUCACAACCUCGAAGAAGUCUCGUUGGUAGCUAUUUUGGUGAGAAGAUCUUAUUGGCUUCCCCACUCAUUAAGUGGUACUUGGAGCAUGGUCUGGAAGUGACUCAUAUUUAUCAAGUAGUGGAGUAUACACCCGUUCCCUGUUUCCAACCCUUUGGAGAAGCUGUAUCGGAUGCUAGACGGGCUGGAGAUGUAGACCCAAACAAAGCCAUCAUCGCAGACACUAUGAAAUUGGUAAGUUGUUCUCCUAUUGAGGGAACGGAGGGAGAAAUACGUUUUAAGGUGCAAAAAAAAACUCAUAUCAAUGUUGUCUUUUUUCAUAGGUGGGGAACUCGAGUUAUGGAAAAACGAUAACCGAUCAAGAACGCCACCGAGAAGUUCAGUUUUGUGAAGAAACCAAAGCGUCCCGCUUAAUAAACAAACCCUUCUUUAGACAGAUUGAACUGAUUGAUAAAAAUACGUUUGAAGUGCAAUCUUGCAAGAAAAAAAUCAAGUUGAACCUUCCCAUGCAGAUAGGUUUUUUCGUUUAUCAAUACGCUAAACUUAGAAUGCUUCAGUUUUAUUUUGAUUUCAUGGAUAAGUAUCUUGAUCGUAGUGAUUUUCAGUAUUGUGAAAUGGACACCGACUCUGCCUAUAUCGCGAUCGCAGGGCAAUCGGUAGAAAGUUUAGUAAAACCAGAGUUAAGAGAAGAGUUUGAAGCAGACAAGGCCAAUUGGUUUCCACGAACCGACACUCCAGAACACAAAGCUUAUGACAAAAGAACACCAGGUUUAUUUAAGGAAGAGUGGACAGGGGCAGGAAUAAUUGGUCUAAGUAGAAAGACCUACUAUUGCUUUGGGGCCUAUGAUAAGUUCAGUUGUAAAGGGGUUAACAAGAAAACAAACGACAUUAACAAAGAAAAAUAUCUUAAUGUUCUGUUGACCAAACAGAGUAGUCCAGGAUUAAAUAAAAGUUUUCGGGUAGUCAACAAUAGCAUGUAUACUUAUGAACAAGUUCGAGAUGGGUUUUCCUACUUUUACCCCAAAAGAAAAGUGUUGGAGGAUGGAGUUACCACCAUGCCUCUAGAUAUAUAA